AUGGCUCUGAGAAUUCAACACAUUCCCAUGUUCUUCACAAUCUCACCCACCACAUUCUCCACCCACAACAAACCCAAAACUCAAAUCUCAUGCAUCAACAAAAACAUCAUCAGUGAUGCAUCACUAGCAUCAGAGUUUGCAGAGAAAGCAUCUAUAAUCAACGUACGUGUGAAACAAGCAGAAGAAGCUAUGACAAAGAGUAGAAAGAUUCUUUUCAAAGAAUUUUGUGGGUAUCUUCAACUCAAUGAAGAAGAAGCUAAACUCAAAUGGAAUAAAAUGGGUGAAGAUGAGAAAUGGGUUUUGGUUAAUGGGUUUGUUAAGGAAUUGGGUGAAUUUUUUCAUCCUUUGUCUGCAAAAUCUACCAAAGAGUUGGUGGAAGAAUAUUUGGUGCAAGAGAAUCUUCCUCCAAAAUCUCCUCCUCCUCUUUCGUCUACUUUGUUUCCAUUUGAUAGUAUAAUUGGUUUUCCAUAG